UUUUAAAAAGUCUAAUUUAUUAAAAGAUAAGUAAAAAUGGCUGCCCGAGAAUCUGGUAGAAUAAAAGAUGCAUAUCAGAAAAGAAUGCUCGAUGAAGCUGCUCGUAAACGUAGACAAAAGAAAGCAUUGGAAGCUCUGGAACAGGAUAAUUUUCAUGAUGACCCCCAUGCAGAUUUAGUAAUGAGUAAAAAGGUUCCAAAGUUUCAAGAAACCUUAGAUAACAGAGGUGGCAGAAGGAAAAAGACUAGAUCAGCAGAAUAUUACAAACAACGUUUUCGUAAAACAUUUGCUCAGUUAGUAGAAGAAGAUCUAAAUAUUAAUCCAAAUCCUCCUAAUUAUGCAUCUGCACAAGCACCCCCAUCUCGUUUUCCUGAAAGACAGUUUUGUGCAGUUUGUGGUUUCCCUAGUAAUUAUACAUGCAUUCCAUGUGGUGCUAGAUAUUGCAGCAUGAAAUGUUUAGGUACUCAUCUUGACACAAGAUGUUUAAAAUGGACAGCUUAAUUAAUAAUUGUUAUCAUAGUUAUAAGCUUAAUUAUAUUACACAAAGAAAAUAUUCAAAAUUUGAUUUUUCAUGUGAACAGUUGUAAAAAAUACAUCAUCUUCAUUGUAAAUAAAUACAUUAC